UGGACAUGACACAUGGGAAUUUCUGACAUAUCUUUUCCCACUCUGACCUUGACAGACACAAUAAAAAGGGGCUUUGCUGCACGCACUCAGCCACUCAGUCCUAUCACCAAGCGUUCAGGUGUCCUGCACUCUUCCUUCACUGCUGCCAGGUCUUCCUCCAGCCAGGCAAGAUGUCUAUGCUGGACAUGAGUGAGUUUGGGGAGGCUGCUGAGUACCUCCGGAAGAGCUACACAGAGCAGCUGAAGCUGCAGACAAUCCCCUUCGAUGGAAAGAAGCGUGCUUGGAUCCCGGAUGAGAAAGAGGCUUAUAUAGAAGUGGAAAUCAAAGAAAGCACUGGUGGCAAAGUCACUGUGGAAACCAAAAAUAAGGAAACGCGGGUGGUGAAGGAGGAUGAGCUGCAGCCCAUGAACCCGCCCAAGUUCGACAUGAUCGAGGACAUGGCCAUGCUGACGCACCUCAACGAGGCCUCUGUGCUCUACAACCUGAAGCGCCGCUACUCCCACUGGAUGAUCUACACCUACUCGGGGCUCUUCUGUGUCACCAUCAACCCCUACAAGUGGCUGCCCGUCUACACGGCACCGGUGGUGGCAGCCUACAAGGGCAAGAGGCGCACGGAGGCUCCCCCGCACAUCUACUCCAUCGCCGACAAUGCCUACAAUGACAUGCUGCGCAACCGUGAAAACCAGUCCAUGCUCAUCACCGGAGAAUCUGGUGCUGGUAAGACUGUAAACACCAAGCGGGUCAUUCAGUACUUUGCCAUUGUCGCAGCCUUGGGCGACACACCGGGCAAGAAAUUAGUAAGACCCUCUUUUGGGGUUUUGCAGGGCACCCUCGAAGAUCAAAUCAUUGAGGCUAACCCAGCCAUGGAAGCUUUUGGCAAUGCCAAAACCAUAAGGAAUGACAACUCCUCUCGUUUUGGCAAGUUCAUCCGGAUCCAUUUUGGCCCCUCAGGGAAGCUGGCCUCUGCAGACAUUGACAUCUAUCUCCUGGAAAAAUCCAGAGUCAUUUUCCAGCAGCCCAAAGAGCGGAGCUACCACAUCUACUACCAGAUCCUCUCUGGGAAGAAACCAGAGCUGCAAGAUAUGCUGCUGCUCUCCCUCAACCCCUAUGACUACCACUUCUGCUCUCAGGGUGUAACUACUGUGGACAACAUGGAUGAUGGCGAGGAGCUCAUGGCAACAGAUCAUGCCAUGGAUAUCUUGGGCUUCAGCAACGAUGAGAAAUACGGCUCCUAUAAAAUAGUGGGUGCUAUCAUGCACUUUGGCAACAUGAAGUUCAAGCAGAAGCAGCGAGAAGAGCAGGCAGAGGCUGACGGCACUGAAAGUGCUGACAAAGCUGCUUACCUGAUGGGAAUCAGCUCAGCUGACCUCAUCAAGGGCUUGCUCCAUCCUCGUGUGAAAGUGGGCAAUGAGUACGUGACCAAAGGUCAGAACGUGGAGCAGGUUGUCUAUGCGGUGGGAGCCCUGGCUAAAGCCACCUAUGACCGCAUGUUCAAGUGGCUGGUGACUCGGAUCAAUAAGACCCUGGACACCAAGCUGGCCAGGCAGUUCUUCAUUGGAGUACUGGACAUUGCAGGCUUCGAGAUCUUUGACUUCAACAGCUUUGAGCAGCUCUGCAUCAACUUCACCAAUGAGAAGCUGCAGCAGUUCUUCAACCACCACAUGUUUGUCCUGGAGCAAGAAGAAUAUAAGAAGGAAGGCAUCGAAUGGGUCUUCAUUGACUUUGGCCUGGACCUGCAGGCUUGCAUUGACCUGAUUGAGAAGCCAUUGGGAAUCCUGUCCAUCCUUGAAGAGGAGUGCAUGUUCCCAAAAGCCUCCGACAUGUCCUUCAAAGCUAAGCUCUAUGACAACCACCUUGGGAAGUCGCCCAACUUCCAGAAGCCCCGGCCGGAUAAAAAGAGGAAGUAUGAGGCGCACUUUGAGCUGGUGCACUACGCUGGUGUGGUGCCGUACAACAUCAUUGGGUGGCUGGACAAGAACAAGGACCCCCUGAAUGAGACAGUGGUGUCUGUCUUCCAAAAGUCCCAAAACAAACUCCUGGCUUCCCUCUAUGAGAACUACGUGGGCUCAUCUUCAGAGGAACCUCACAAGCCAGGGACCAAGGAGAAACGUAAAAAGGCAGCUUCUUUCCAAACAGUGUCUCAGCUGCACAAGGAGAACCUCAACAAGCUGAUGACCAACCUGCGCUCUACGCAGCCCCACUUUGUCCGCUGCAUCAUCCCCAAUGAGACAAAGACCCCAGGAGCCAUGGAUGCCUUCCUGGUGCUGCACCAGCUGCGCUGUAACGGUGUCCUUGAAGGCAUCCGCAUCUGCCGUAAAGGCUUCCCCAACAGGAUCCUCUACGCAGACUUCAAGCAGCGCUACCGUAUCCUGAAUCCAACAGCCAUUCCAGAUGACAAGUUCGUGGACAGCAGAAAGGCCACAGAGAAGCUGCUGAGCUCCCUGGAACUGGACCACUCGCAGUACAAGUUCGGUCAUACCAAGGUGUUUUUCAAGGCUGGUUUGCUGGGCUUGCUGGAGGAGAUGCGGGAUGAGCGUCUGGCCAAGAUCCUGACCAUGCUGCAGGCCAGAAUCCGCGGGCACCUCAUGCGAAUCGAGUAUCAGAAGAUCAUCAGCAGGAGGGAAGCCCUCUAUACCAUCCAGUGGAACAUCCGGGCCUUCAAUGCUGUCAAGAACUGGUCCUGGAUGAAGCUGUUCUUCAAGAUCAAGCCUUUGCUCAAGUCUGCUCAGACUGAGAAGGAAAUGUCCAACCUGAAGGAGGAGUUCCAGAAGCUGAAGGAGGCUCUGGAGAAGUCCGAGGCUAAGAGGAAGGAACUGGAAGAGAAACAGGUCUCCAUGAUCCAGGAGAAGAACGACCUGACUCUCCAGCUGCAGGCAGAGCAAGACAACCUGGCAGAUGCAGAGGAGCGCUGUGACCUGCUGAUCAAGUCCAAGAUCCAGCUGGAGGCCAAGGUGAAGGAGCUGACAGAGCGCCUAGAGGAUGAGGAGGAGAUGAACUCAGACCUCACCGCCAAGAAGCGCAAGCUGGAGGAUGAGUGCGCAGAGCUAAAGAAGGACAUUGACGACCUGGAGAUCACGCUGGCCAAGGUGGAGAAGGAGAAGCAUGCCACAGAGAACAAGGUGAAAAACCUGAUUGAAGAGAUGGCUGCUCUGGAUGAGAUCAUUGCCAAACUGACGAAGGAGAAGAAGGCACUGCAAGAGGCCCAUCAGCAGGCCCUGGAUGACCUGCAGGCUGAGGAAGACAAAGUCAACACACUGACAAAAGCCAAGGUCAAGCUGGAGCAGCAAGUGGAUGAUCUGGAAAGCUCUCUUGAACAAGAGAAGAAAGUCCGCAUGGACCUGGAAAGAGCAAAGAGGAAACUUGAAGGAGACCUGAAGUUGACCCAAGAGUCUGUAAUGGAUCUGGAGAAUGACAAACAGCAGCUGGAGGAGAAACUCAAGAAGAAAGACUUUGAAAUGAGUCAGCUGAAUUCAAGGAUUGAAGAUGGGCAAGUGACUGAGGCCCAGCUGCAGAAGAAGAUCAAGGAGCUCCAGGCCCGCAUUGAGGAGCUGGAGGAGGAGCUGGAGGCCGAGCGCGCUGCCAGAGCCAAGGUGGAGAAGCAGCGGGCGGAAGUGUCCCGGGAGCUGGAGGAGCUGAGCGAGCGGCUGGAGGAGGCCGGCGGUGCCACGGCCACGCAGCUGGAGAUGAACAAGAAGCGGGAAGCGGAGUUCCUGAAGCUGCGGCGGGACCUGGAGGAGGCGACGCUGCAGCACGAGUCCACGGCCGCUGCCCUGCGCAAAAAGCACGCGGACAGCGUGGCCGAGCUGGGCGAGCAGAUCGACAACCUGCAGCGCGUCAAGCAGAAGCUGGAGAAGGAGAAGAGCGAGUUGAAGAUGGAGGUGGAUGACCUGUCAUCCAACAUCGAGUACCUCACCAAGAACAAGGCCAAUGCUGAGAAGCUGUGUCGCACCUACGAGGACCAGCUCAACGAGGCCAAGUCCAAAGUGGACGAGCUGCAGCGGCAGCUCAACGACGUGAGCGCACAGCGGGGCAGGCUGCAGACCGAGAACGGGGAGCUCAGUCGGCUGCUGGAGGAGAAGGAGUCCUUCAUCAACCAGCUGAGCCGUGGCAAGACCUCAUUCACACAGAACAUUGAGGAACUCAAGAGGCAGCUGGAUGAGGAGACCAAGAGCAAGAACGCCCUGGCCCAUGCCCUGCAAGCCUCCCGGCAUGACUGCGACCUCCUGCGGGAGCAGUACGAGGAGGAGGUGGAGGCCAAGAGCGAGCUCCAGAGGAACUUGUCCAAGGCCAAUGCAGAAGUGGCCCAGUGGAGAACCAAGUACGAGACGGAUGCCAUCCAACGCACGGAGGAGCUGGAGGAAGCCAAGAAGAAGCUGGCCACCCGGCUGCAGGAGGCUGAGGAGGCGGUGGAAGCCGCACAUGCCAAGUGCUCCUCGCUGGAGAAGACCAAGCAUCGGCUGCAGACAGAGAUCGAGGACCUCUCGGUGGACCUGGAACGCGCCAACUCGGCCUGCGCUGCCCUGGACAAGAAGCAGCGCAACUUCGACAGGAUCCUGGCCGAGUGGAAGCAGAAGUACGAGGAGACGCAGGCGGAGCUGGAGGCGUCGCAGAAGGAGUCGCGCAGCCUGAGCACGGAGCUCUUCAAGCUCAAGAAUGCCUACGAGGAGUCCCUGGACAACCUGGAGACCCUCAAGAGGGAGAACAAGAACCUGCAGGAGGAAAUUGCUGACCUGACCGACCAGAUCAGCAUGAGCGGGAAAACCAUCCAUGAGCUGGAGAAGCUGAAGAAAGCCCUGGAGAGUGAGAAGAGCGAUAUCCAGGCAGCGCUGGAGGAGGCUGAGGGGGCCCUGGAGCACGAGGAGAGCAAGACUCUGCGCAUCCAGCUGGAGCUGAACCAGAUCAAGGCUGACGUGGACAGGAAGCUGGCGGAGAAGGAUGAGGAGUUUGAGAACCUGAGGCGCAACCACCAGCGCGCCAUGGACUCCAUGCAGGCCACGCUGGAUGCAGAGGCACGGGCCAAGAACGAGGCGGUGCGGCUGAGGAAGAAGAUGGAGGGAGACCUGAACGAGAUGGAGAUCCAGCUGAGCCACGCCAACCGCCAGGCCGCCGAGUUCCAGAAGCUGGUCCGGCAGCUCCAGGCCCAGAUCAAGGACCUGCAGAUCGAGCUGGAUGACACCCAGCGCCACAACGACGACCUCAAGGAGCAGGCGGCCGCCCUGGAGCGCCGCAACAACCUGCUGCUGGCCGAGGUGGAGGAGCUGCGGGCGGCGCUGGAGCAGGCAGAGCGGAGCAGGAAGCUGGCGGAGCAGGAGCUGCUGGAGGCCACUGAGAGGGUCAACCUGCUCCAUUCCCAGAACACGGGCCUGAUCAACCAGAAGAAGAAGCUGGAAGCAGACAUCUCACAGCUGAGCAGUGAGGUGGAGGAUGCAGUGCAGGAGUGCCGCAACGCUGAGGACAAGGCAAAGAAGGCCAUCACAGAUGCUGCCAUGAUGGCAGAGGAGCUGAAGAAGGAGCAGGACACGAGCGCGCAUCUGGAGCGCAUGAAGAAGAACAUGGAGCAGACCAUCAAGGACCUGCAGAUGCGCCUGGAUGAAGCGGAGCAGAUUGCUCUCAAGGGGGGCAAGAAGCAGAUCCAGAAGCUGGAGGCCAGGGUGCGGGAGCUGGAGGGAGAGCUGGAUACGGAGCAGAAGAAGAUGGCUGAGGCCCAGAAGGGCAUCCGCAAGUACGAGCGGAGGAUCAAGGAGCUGAGCUACCAGGCUGAGGAAGACCGGAAGAACCUGGCACGGAUGCAGGACCUCAUUGACAAGCUGCAGAGCAAGGUCAAGAGCUACAAGCGCCAGUUCGAGGAGGCGGAGCAGCAGGCCAACUCCAACCUGGUGAAGUACCGUAAGGUGCAGCACGAGCUGGACGAUGCCGAGGAGCGGGCGGACAUCGCCGAGACGCAGGUCAACAAACUGCGCGCCCGCACCAGGGAGGUCAUCGCCUCCAAGCACGAGUAGCAGGCACUGGUGCCUGCCCUGCGCCGCUGCCCGCUGUAGGUUGGAGCUGAACGGCUGCUGCCAGCUUUGCACUGUGUGAAUAAACGUAGAUGUGCCAGGA